GCACAACCGAAGUCCUUAAAAAAGAAGCACCGGCAAUGAUAACCCAAUGAAAGAGCAGAUACAGUGAGAGAGACCGCAGAAGAGAGAGAGAGAGAGAGAGAGAGACCACUUUGUAAUAGAUGGGCAGCCUCACAGCCCGUUACCGUCAUUCUUCUCUGACUCCUUUUCCGAGCUCUUCGUUCGCAUUGCCAUUGUUAAGAUUGGCCCUCACAGUACUCGCCUUCCUGUCUCCGGCCGCUGCCGGCGACCUCUACAACCUUGUCUAUAAGGGCUGCGCCAACCAGUCCUUCCCCGGCGGCGCUGCAGCCUACGGCCAGGCCCUCGCCGCCCUCUCCUCCUCCUUGACUGCCCGCGCCGCCACCUCCGAGUUCUACAAGACCACCGCCUCAUCCGCCAACGGCGGCCAGUCCCUCUUCAGUCUCUUCCAGUGCCGCGGUGACCUCUCCUCCUCCGAUUGCUCUGCCUGCGUUAGCCGCCUCCUCCCCAUGUGGCCGUCUCUCUGCGGCUACGCCGCCGCCGCCCGCGUCCAGCUCUCCGGUUGCUACGCCCUGUACCAGGUGUCCGGCUUCCCCCAGAUCUCUGGCACCCAGAUGCUUUACAAAACCUGUGGCUCCGGCGGUGGCGGUGGCGACUUUGAGGUCAAUCGGGACACGGCCUUCAGCCAGCUACAGAGCGGCGUCGCUGGCGGGCAGGGGUUCUACACCACUAGCUACGGCUCCAUCUACACUAUGGCGCAGUGCGAGGGUGACCUCUCUAACGGGGACUGCACCGACUGCGUGGCCCAGGCCGUCCAGAAGUCGGAAGUGGAGUGCGGCGGCGCCACCUCUGGCCAGAUCUACCUCGACAAGUGCUACAUUAGUUACAGCUACUACGCGAAUGGCGUCACCUCCGCCGGCAGCGGCGGUGGCGGUAAUGGAGUUUUAGAUGUUUCAUUUGCUGGAAUGGUAUUGACUUUCUAUAUCUCGGAGGAAGGUGACUUAUGUGCAUGGUUCCAAAUAAAAUUGAUGAUAGUUGAUUGCUUCUCGGUGAUCAGGGCAAACAGGGAAGACAGUGGCCAUAGUGGUGGGAGGGGCAGCAGGGGUGGGUUUUCUGAUCAUCUGCUUGUUGUUUGCCAGGAGUUUGAUGAGAAAGAAAGAUGAUUUCUGAGGUUGGUGGGUGACAAGUGGGCAAGAACAAUGGUAGGGGAGUGGGAGAGGUACAAUUCUGUAGGUUUCUCUUCCAUGGGGUUGUGGAUGGAUUGUAAGGGAUAGAGAGCGAGAGAUUUGGCUGUUUGCUAUGGACAUAAGCAAGUGAUGGUGGGGAGAAGGUGAGAAGGAAUAAUGGGUUGGAUCCAGUCUGGGGUGUUUUAUAAUAUUAUUAAUACCUACAUAGAGAUGUAAACCUAAAUAGAUUCAAUGUAUUAUUUUUCACAGAAUACAUGCUAAGUUUUGGUUAUGUGAAGUGGAUCUCAUCUAAAUAUUAAGUAAUCAUGUUGUUGAGAGAUGGGUUUUGCUAUGCUACUUUUUCUCCAAAUGCUGUGCUUGUUCUUGUGAGAAGAGAAACUUGCUGU